AUGUCUGACGACGAAGAUGAUUUCAUGCAAGACUCGGAUCAGGAGCAAUAUGACUUUGAAUAUGAAGAUGACGAAGAGGAGGAGACUGGCGAUGUCGGUAUCGAAAACAAAUAUUACAACGCCAAACAGAUGAAAGCAGAGAAUCCAGAUGAAGCAGUGGAGGAAUUCCUAGGUUUGCCUGAUAUGGAGGACGAGAAGGGAGACUGGGGUUUCAAAGGAUUAAAGCAAGCCACCAAGCUUGAGUUCAAGCUUGGUAAAUACAACGAUGCAGUCAAACACUACACAGAGCUUCUGACAUAUGUGAAGUCCGCUGUGACUCGAAAUUAUGCCGAAAAGUCUAUCAACAAUAUGCUCGAUUUCAUUGAGAAAGGCGCGGAUGACGAAAAGGCCUACCAGUGUAUGGAGAAAUUCUAUUCCAAAACCCUCGAUUCAUUUCACAGCACCAAUAACGAGCGGUUAUGGCUCAAGACUAACAUAAAACUCUCAAGGCUGUGGCUAGACAGGAAGCAGUACGCUCAGCUGAUUAAAAAAGUCCGCGAAUUGCAUUCAGCUUGUCAAAAAGAGGACGGAACGGUCGACCCUAGCAAAGGAACAUACGCGCUCGAGAUUUACGCUCUAGAAAUCCAGAUGUAUGCGGACACAAAAAACAACAAGCGACUGAAAGCGCUCUAUCAGAGAGCGCUAAAAGUUAAAUCUGCCGUUCCGCAUCCCAAAGUGAUGGGUAUCAUCCGAGAAUGUGGCGGCAAGAUGCACAUGAGUGAAGAAAAUUGGAAAGAAGCUCAGAUUGACUUUUUUGAGUCAUUUCGCAAUUAUGACGAGGCCGGGUCGCUGCAGCGAAUCCAGAUUUUAAAGUACCUGGUACUAACGACCAUGCUGAUGAAAUCUGAUAUCAACCCAUUCGAGUCACAAGAGACUAAACCGUAUAAAAAUGAUCCACGAAUAUCGGUUAUGACAGAUCUAGUCGAUGCUUAUCAACGAAAUGAGAUCCAGACCUACGAAGCUAUUCUUCAGAAGAAUAAAGAUCUCCUCGAGGAUCCAUUCAUAGCUGAGAAUAUUGAUGAAGUCACGCGUAGUCUUCGUACGAAUGGGGUACUUAGGCUAGUCGCGCCAUAUACUCGGUUCAGUCUUGAUUUCAUCGCGAAGCGACUUCAGAUCUCAGUUGCAGAAGUUCAAGAUAUCGUUGGGUACUUGAUCGUAGACAAGAAGCUAGAUGGCAGAAUCGACCAAGAAAAAGGCAUUGUGGAGAUCAACAACCAAUCAGAUGCUCAGCGCACGCAAGCUUUGGAAAAUUGGACCAACGCGGUUGACAAGUUAUGGAAAGCCGUCCUCCUCGAAGGUGACGGCUUCAGGGCUGACGAAUCGCAAUCUUGGGGAGGAGGCGGAGGGUCAGGCAUGCCCGCCAUGCUAAACACGAGUGGAAGGGGAGACGGAGGAUUCGGUUACAGCAAGGCUAAGAUGAGUGGGAAAAAGACUCAGGGUGUUGCUGGAUCGAGGUUUCGCUUUGACACCAAAGCAUGA